AGAAGAAGUAGAAGUAGAACAAGAAGAGAUCAUAGAAGUGCAACAAAGCCGGCAACGGUUGAAUUCAGGAACUCCUGUUGCCAAAAGUAAAAAGCUAAAAAUUAUCAUCACUGUGAAUGUGAAAGUGACGCUGGACCACGACACAGAAAAAGCAUCCAGGGCAUAG